AUGGCAAACCCAUUUCUCCUUACCACACUGGUAGUCGAGGAGAAUACCAGUAGCCAUGCCUCAGAAGCAAAUUGCGGGAACGAAUGCUGGGAACCUGGCGGUGGCCUAUUGGGCGGUGGGCCUUGGGAUGGCCUUGCAUCCUCUUCGGAACCCGAUCAUGCCGUCGCGUUGAGCGACUCGACAACGUUGUCACGAGAGUAUCCUCGGCCUGACGAGAACAAUGUCGGGGUCGGCGAAAGCAAGGAGACCAACAACACAAAAGCUGGCGACGAGACGCUUGAGACGGCCACAGCCACUGGCCAGGACACAAAUGUCACCACUGUCAUCCACCCCGCCAGUGCGCGAUGUGGCCCGAAACGGCGCCGGAAACAAGACCCAACACCGCAGGACCCCGAAUCCUAUUCCGCUCAAGAGCAGCUUGUCGCCAAAGUCAAGGGUAUCUACCAAGAUUUGUCUACGAUCGAAUCCGAAUACAGUAACAUGGUCCAGAAGCACUCCUCAGACUAA